UGCCCGCCAACGUGUCCGUCGGCAUGGGCUGCGCCCCAAGUAUCCACAGCUCGCAGGGCCGGGCGUCGUAUCGCGGCGGCGGCAGCAGCGAGGACGAGGACGAGGACGAAGACGCGCGGGGCCCUGCGCCGCUACCUCGACCCAGCGGAGGGCCGGGUCGUCCCCGCUUCCCAAAGCUGCCCGCGGCCACCGGUCGCACCGGCCUCGUGGAGUCCGAGCCUCACGACGGUUCGAAGAUUGCUGUAACUGAUGUGCAGUUUGGUCCAAUGAGAUUUCAUCAAGAUCAACUUCAGGUACUUUUAGUGUUUACCAAAGAAGAUAACCAGUGUAACGGAUUCUGGAGGGCAUGUGAAAAAGCAGGGUUUAAAUGUACAGUCACCAAGGAAGCGCAAGCUGUCCUUGGCUGUUUCCUGGACAAGCUCCAUGACAUCAUCAUCAUAGACAACAGGAAUCCCCGGCAGCUAGAUGCAGAGGCACUGUGUAGGUCUAUCAGGUCAUCAAAACUCUCAGAAAACACGGUUAUUGUUGGUGUAGUACGCAGAGCGGACAAAGAAGAGUUGUCUGUAAUGCCCUUUAUUGCUGCUGGCUUCACAAGGAGAUAUAUAGAAAACCCAAACAUCAUGGCAUGUUACAAUGAACUUGUCCAGUUGGAGUUUGGAGAGGUGCGAUCACAACUGAAACUCAGGGCUUGUAACUCAAUAUUCACUGCAUUAGAGAAAAGUCAAGAAGCAAUUGAAAUUACAAGUGAAGACCACAUUAUACAGUAUGCAAAUCCUGCAUUUGAAACAGCAAUGGGUUAUCAGAAAGGUGAAUUAAUAGGGAAGGAGUUAGCAGAAGUACCCAUGAAUGAAAAAAAAGCUGACCUGCUGGAUACCAUAAAUUCAUGUAUCAGGAUAGGCAAGGAGUGGGAAGGAAUUUAUCAUACCAAAAAGAAAAACGGAGAUAAUUUACAACAAAAUGUGAAGAUAAUACCUGUCAUUGGGCAGGGUGGAAAAAUUAGACACUAUGUGUCCCUUAUCACAGUGUGCAAUGGCAACAAUAAGGCUGAAAAAAUACCUGAAUGUGCUGUGCUAUCUGACAGUGUGACAGAUAGUCAGCCAAGCAAACAUCAAGACAUGAGGAAAGGCUCAUUGGACAUCAAAGCUGUUACCUCUCGGACAAGUGAAGCUUCUAACCAAAGGCGACAUUCCUCCCUGGCUCGGAUACAUUCUAUGAUGAUUGAGGCACCCAUCACCAAGAUAAUCAAUAUUAUCAAUGCUGCCCAAGAAAACAGUCCUGUACCUGUGACAGAAGCUCUGAACCGGGUGCUGGAAAUUCUGAGAACCACUGAAUUAUAUUCGCCACAGCUUGGAGCUGAGAAUGAUGAUCCUCAUGCCACUGACCUCGUGGAGGGCUUGAUGUCCGAUGGUUUACGAAGAUUAUCAGGGAACGAAUAUGUUCUUUCAUCAAAAAGCCUUCUGCAGGCUUCAAGUAGUGUGAUCACUCCCAUCUCCCUUCAUGAUGUCCCACCUCGAAUCGCCCUAGCCGUGGAAAAUGAAGAAUAUUGGGACUUUGACAUUUUUGAACUGGAGGCUGCAACCCAAAAGAGGCCUUUGAUUUAUCUAGGUCUCAAAACAUUUGCUCGUUUUGGAAUCUGUGAAUUCUUAAACUGCCCUGAGUCAAUACUGAAAUCAUGGCUACAAAUGAUUGAAAGCAAUUAUCACUCGUCUAACCCCUACCAUAAUUCAACACAUGCUGCGGAUGUGCUUCACGCCACUGCCUAUUUCCUCUCCAGGGAAAAAAUAAAGGCAACUUUAGAACCAAUUGAUGAAGUUGCUGCCCUCAUUGCAGCUGCUAUUCACGACGUGGAUCACCCUGGGAAAACCAACUCCUUCCUUUGCAAUGCAGGGAGUGAGCUGGCUAUUUUAUACAAUGACAGUGCUGUGCUGGAAAGCCACCAUGCAGCCUUGGCCUUCCAGCUAACUCUUGGAGAUGACAAAUACAAUAUUUUUAAAAACAUGGAGCGGAAUGACUACCGGACACUGCGUCAGGGUAUUAUUGACAUGGUCCUAGCCACAGAAAUGACAAAGCACUUCGAACAUGUCAACAAAUUUAUCAACAGCAUCACCAAACCAUUGGCAGCACUAGAAGAAAAUGAGGAAACUGGCAAGGACCAGGCAGCCAUAGACACUAUGCUCAAGACUCCAGAGAACCGGGCUCUCAUUAAACGAAUGAUGAUUAAGUGUAGUGAUGUGUCCAACCCCUGCCGGCCCCUGGAGUACUGCAUUGAGUGGGCUGCCCGCAUUUCAGAAGAGUAUUUUUCCCAGACUGAUGAAGAGAAGGAGAAGGAUUUGCCUGUGGUGAUGCCAGUUUUUGACAGAAACACCUGCAGCAUCCCCAAGUCUCAGAUCUCUUUCAUUGACUACUUCAUCACAGCCAUGUUUGAUGCCUGGGAUGCCUUUGUGGACCUGCCUGACCUAAUGCAGCACCUGGACAACAACUUCAAAUACUGGAAAGGACUGGAUGAAAAGAACCUGCGGAGCCUCCGACCCCCUCCAGAAUAGUGUGGGGCACUCACUGGGCCCAGAGGUUUUCUCCUGUUCGCACUCCCCUAGCACAGCCCAGAGUCUCAGCCCUUUCAGUAUUAGGCAGACCCAUUCCCUCAUCUGCAGAGCCUGUGACAGGAAGCACAUAGGGACCAACCUUCUGUGGCCACCAUCCAAUGCCAUAGUACAAGCCUGCUGCAGAGGCUCUUCAGAAAGGCACCCCAAACCCCAGAAUUGCAUCAGCUUUGUGUCACCACAGGUCUGGGGCCCCACAGAGCUGUCAGCAGCGCUGUAAAGCAGCAGUCCUCCCAGUUUCCUGCAGCACUUCCCAGAGCCAAGGCUGUGAGAUCUGCAGCUGCUGUGCUCACACCCGGGAACACUACUGAAAGUGACCUCCCUCAAGAUGGAGAAGCAAAGGAGACAUAAAUUUUGAGCUUGAUUGUUAUCAAUUAUUAAAUAUUUUAUUUAUUUUAUUCAAUAUUUUCUAUGAGUUUAAAAACACUUGAAAGCCAAAGCCAACUUCAAAUGCCAUGACCAAAUUUACAUGAUUCAUAUUCAUUCAUUAAAUACACAUGACUUGGUGUACAGACUUAUUUUCAUAAUGUACAUUUGAAAUAUAAAAGGAUACAUUUUUACUGAAUUAUAGAAGUACUUGUGUUUGUAAAACUCUUUUCUGUGAUGUUAAUUGGAAAAAGCUGUUUCCCUGGUGGGUCUCAGUCUAGAGAGCUAGCAGAGAAGGUGGCUUCUAUUAUCCAGAACCUGGGCACUGAAACAUGCCAGUAAUCUGGUGCAUUUGAAGGUUAUUCCUCAGAGAAAAAUUACAAUGUCACCAUUUUUCCUAAAAUUUUUAACGGAAUUUCUAAAAGUCUGCCUUAUUUUAUACUGUUUCUAAAAAUAUGCCCUAUAAAAACAAAGAGCAAACAUUGAAAAUUUAAUGAUUAACAUUUUAUAGUCACCAUGUUUUCAUCUGUCGUGGGAAUCUUUGAUUCUAGAAAUUUGUAAAAGUUCUAUAUCUUCACAUUUUGAAUAAGCAUAAUACUAUAAAAGUGACACUUGAUGAUAUGUCAAAAUUUUAGUUUCAUUUUAAACUU